CUUAGUUGGAGCCCCUGAGACAACCGAGAAAUAUUGUUUUAUGGUGAUUAGAUCCAAGCUCUUGACCUGAGCACAGAAAAAAAAAAUCAGGUUCUUGUUCAUAAAGUGGAACAGUCGCUCAUCGCAUAUUUCCUUAUCUACAAGACAAAAACAUUGAUCACCACAAAUAACAAAGAGGAACCGAUUUUUAAAACAUGUGCGCAGUAUAGAUAAUUUUUAUAUAAAGAAAAAAAAUGAUUAAAAAGAAAAAACGAUCUGAAUGAAGUGCAUUUAUAUUUAUAGGCCACUAAAACUACAAAAUCACUGUUGAUAACAACAACAAAAAAUGGUAAAAAAACAACAAUAAAAAGGAGCAACAAGUACAACAAUAUCAUCAUCAACAACAGUAACAACAACAACAACAAAAGAAACAAAAUAACAAAAACAUUUAAAAAAAACAUUAACACCAUCAGUGUCGACGUCAAUGUUUUUCGAUAGUGUCAUAACAACGACAACAAAUUUAACAUAAAAGUAAAGGAAAAUUAUAACAUUAGGCCUAGCAUAAACAGUUAUCAAAAUUUAAUCUAGGCCCCAAUGCCCUACAUUUCCGUGCCUUCAAAAUAUUUUCAGCCUUUUCUCAACUAACCCAACUGUCUGCAGUGUACUUUGGUAUCAGUUAAGAUUACACACACACACACACACACACACACACCUUGCUCUUCCGCUCAGCCUCAGACAGAGGGAAACCACAGAGGAACGAGAAGGAAGACUCCCGAGGAGUGUUUGCGAGUUCAUAAUCUGGUUCUAGGCAAGCGGAGUUCAAAAGUCAAAAGGUACAACGUGGAAUCGCAUCGAGCGUUGAUUGAAGAGCUAGCCUAAAGGCGAAUGGCGAAUGGAAGUUUGCUAUCUUUUCAUGUCAGUCCGAGGCUAUUCUCGAUCAAACACCACAGGGAUCUAAGCGACAGUUUGUGACUUUGAUUUGCCUGGACAACGGCCAAGGGACAUUGGCCUGAUAGAUUUCUAUACAUCGAUACUCCAAGCUGCGCGUUAAACAGAACAGUUUAUUGAAAUCAUGCCACUUGUUGGAAGAACAAAGAAUCCCCCACCCUUGGCUUACUGAAUACCCUGGGUGGCUGUGUGAACUGUUAGUGUUACAAAUUGCAGUGGACAAAUAGUCUAGUUCAUGUCUCUCAUCUUCCUAGUUUCUGCUAUUCAGCGCUGUAAGUGGGAUGUGUUGCGUAGUUGUGAUCUCCAUCUUUUGAAACUGAAGUAUCAUAAUCGUUUGUUUUGGCUAUUAUGGUUUACGCGUUUGUGAGCAAAGAACGUGAAAAGAUACACACAAUCGCGCGCACACACACACACACGCACACACACACACAAACACGCCGCUCACGUGUACACUCAUAAUACUAUACUAUGUAUAUAAUUAUGCACGUGUAGUGCGCCGACGUAUGAGACCUUGAACUAAUAUCGGAUUUGAUGUUUCACCCCGAAGGAUUUGUUUAGACUGUUGAAACAGAAAUCAGUUCGAUCACUCGGCAGUAUUAAAGGAAAAAAUUUCAACAUGGAAUCUGCAAAGCUUUUUGGACAAUCCGUAGAAUCUCCCUCUAGUAGCAGUGAUUACAAAUCAGCCGAGUCAGAACAGGAUGAAUUUUUCUCAUCAACGGGCGGUUCUGAAAUUUCCUGGUUUCUUCCCGCCAAGAACAGUUACGUGCCAGACACUGCUAGCAGUGCUUCGAACAGCCAAAGCGGUAUGGCUACUGGAUAUGAUUUGUCUCCGCCCAUGAUAACCUACCAUGAUGAUGAUGGGUGGCUGACAGAUCAGCUAGACUUAGAGACUCCUCCCACUUCACCCGAGUUCCCCACUGCGUGUCGUUGUGCUGACGUCAUGCCAAAUCCUCAUAGAGUAGCGCAAACAGAGCUUGUUUCUCCCAAUGUGUCAACCGAGGAUUUGUCACCAUCAAUGCCCAAAGAAUCUUUGUCUUUUUGUAUCCCUCCCCCCUGUUCUUUCUCUCCUUCGCCGCCCCUAUUCUUCUCCUCCUCUACAGUUCCAUCUUCGUUUUCAUUGACCUUAUCCUCCCCUUUCACUCCCUCCACUCCAUCCCCCAAUUUCACUCCAGCAUCUCCCCCUUGCUUCCCUUCCUUCUCUACCUCCACUGUCCAUUCCCCUGCCUCCUUUCGCUCCCCCUCUUCACCCUCGUACUCUCCAGCCCUAUCUACCAACACUACUUUAAGUACCUCACAAUCGUUGUCACCGAUGUUGCCAGCAUCUCUAUCGCCCUCGACACACCCGCUACCACAACUACGUGGACAACCUUCAACGCAAUCAGUACCAUCACCCUCACCAUCCCCAUCGACAGUAUCCAAACCAUCUACGAUGACACCAAAGCCAGCUUUAGCUUCCAACAAAAGUGAAGCCCCCAGUACUUCAGAAGCUACAAGCCUCAAGACAAAGAAUCCAGGAAACCCCAACACCAUGCCGCUUCAAGAGUGUCUACCACCUUGUAAAGUCUGUGGCGAAAAGGCUUCUGGCUUCCAUUAUGGCGUCUACACAUGUGAGGGGUGCAAGGGUUUCUUUCGUCGAGUUUUGAAGCUAAACACCAAGUUCUAUUGCCCCUUCGAGAACGAUUGUGACGUCACAGGUCCACAUCGGAAGCUCUGCGCAAGUUGCAGAUAUCAAAAAUGCAUUGCCGUAGGCAUGUCCAGAAAAGGUAUCAGAAUCGGGAGAUACACUUUGGAGACCAAAACCCGCAUCACUCAGGAAGCCAAGCUACGACAUGAGCAAAAGCUACAGAAGCAGUCGCUGCAGAAGAAUCUUAGUCAGCCAGAGAAUCAGCAGCACAAUCAGCAGGGAGAUAAGGCUCUGACUGAAGACGAGGACAUCGUCCUGAUCGAUUGCCCGGGCACGUCCGUCGGCAGCGGUUUCAAUUUCGCUACCAGUAAAGGAGGCGUGAACAGCGGUGCUAAACAUACAAUGCUGGCUUUCCAAGAACUGAGCAGCAGUGCUGGACAGUCUAACCAAACAGUGUCUGCCGUUUCAAAGCCCCCUUCUAAACUCACGGCAAUUGCCGAGUUCAUGAAAACAGUGUCGUAUUCUUCCCCUCAAACCAUGAGUGUAUGGUCUUCACCUUCCCGGUCCGAUGCUGAUGCUUCGUCGCCCUCCUCAACCUGGUCACAUCUGACGUCAGCAUCAUCUCCACAAAAGACAAUUUCAUCGGACAUGUUCUCAUCGUUGUCCCCGUUGUCGAAUUCUAUGACAGACAAAAGUGGUCGUUAUGAUAUUGACCGUGUGGAGGAACGUUUGAUGGAAUACGUCAGAGCGACGCAGAUAUUUAAUGGUCACAUGUUUCUCGAAAAGCAUCUAGAGAUGAUGUUCGAAUUUCAGAGAAUGAACGCAACAUGGCUAGAAAAUCUGGAACGUUUUGAAAACGGGGCGCCGGAACACGAGCACAUACUGUUCGUGGAUCGAAUGAAUGCGACACAAACGUCUAUGCUUACGAAUGAACUGAGACGGAACGACACCAAUGAUGGCAUGGACAGCAAAGAAGACCAGGGAAAAGAGAGUUAUGUCAACCGUGUGGUUAGUCUGCUCAUCCCUGGCGCGAACGACCUUCAACUGGACGCCAUUAUUCAUGACCUGGUGGUGGCACACAACAAAAUUCUUCUUGUAAGCGCCUACUUCCCCAAGAAUUACAUGAAAGAGAGACAGAUGUCUUUCCUGAAGUCCUUUCAGCAAAAAGAGGAGAUCCUUGGCUCCCGGCGCGUCCUGACGGAGGAAGAGUUUCUGUCCAUACAUGACAAGACUGGCAUGGACGUCGAUGGCAGGAUCAACUUGAUCAGGGUAUUCAGUGGUUACUUUGAGGCAUACAUCCUCCGUAUCAUCAAGUUUGCCAAAAGGUUGCCAGGGUUUCGAUCUUUGUGUCUGGAAGAUUGCUCCGCAAUGUUAAAAGUCGGUCGCUCCCUUGUCUGCUUCCUUGGAACCUACCACGGUUUCAAUGAGGAGCUAGGCGUUGGCCUUUUCCCCAACGGACACUGCAUACAUAGGUCUGACCUCUACCGAAUGUUCUCCAAGGGUUUCGUGGAUGCCUGCUUCAAUGUCUCCCGGAUUCUUCAGAGAGAGCAAUUCAGUCCAGAGGAGCAAGUAUUGCUCAAGUGUUUAGCGCUUACAUUUGUAGACCCUUCAAAACUCAAGAAUCCUGAAGCUGUAGACGGCAUCCAGAAGCUGAUUCUGUCUUGUCUGAAGAGAUCCUACCGAAAAAACUACCCCAAAAAGGACCAGUCAUCGUUGGUGGGUAAUGCCAUGGCAAACUUAACCCUCGCGAACCCCAUCAAACAGGCGGAGAGACUCAAUUAUCAGUCGCACGUGAUGAAGACUUAUGUUCUACAAAAUCCUCUCAUCAAAGAAAUGGUCAAGACGGUGUAAAUGAUUGGAAUAGAAUGUGAGGCAUCGGGGUGAAAUCAGCUGAUCAUUAAAAUAAUACAGAAGAAAAUGGCAUUGUUCCGCCCCUUGGCAAUUUUGGUCGAUUUUUUCUUUUUUUCGCUCAACACCUUUUAUGUAUAUUUAAAAACACAGUUUUGUGUGAAUAUUACUGAAAGCGUUGAUUAAAGUCAUGGAAAAUGUAAAUAUGUAGUUUCUGAGGACUUUUUAACUUUGAGAGUGGCCAAACUUUGGCAGCCAUGUUCUGCUAAUUUUUCCUCUAACUCGAGGCUACCCUAUUUUCUUCAAUCACAAGUACCCCUACUUCUUUUCAAGAUAGAUUGAUAUUUUUUAAAAACAAAUUUUAAUGCUUGCUCUAUGAACAGACUUUAGGAUGAUACCAAUAACUCCAUAUGCCUAAAGACUGACGAACGCCUGACUCCACAGCGUCGUGAAACUAAUGACUGUAAUAAUACGAGGCAUCAUGAUGAAAUCAGGUACUUGUCGAAAUAAAGAAAUCAAUGAAACCACCA